UUAUUCCACGGCCUCGGGGGAGGCGGAGAGGAAAGUGCAGGACGUACUUCCGCUUCCGGCGGUGUCCAUGUGGAGAAGAGGACUGUGAUACCUGGGAGUACCAGUAACGGCCGCGGGCGGACAGUAGAGAAGAGGAGGGAAGGUGAUUGCUAAAAAUCACCAUGGAGGACAAGGAUCAGAAAAGACAUAGGAAGAAAAACAGUGGACCAAAAGCAGAGAAGAAAAAGAAACGUCACCUGAAGGAUCUAGGACUUGGAGAUGAGGAAGAUGCUCGGAAGAGGAACCCGAAGGCUUUUGCUGUACAGUCAGCUGUUCGGAUGGCACGAUCCUUCCACAGAACUCAGGACUUGAAGACAAAAAAACAUCACAUUCCAGUGGUUGAUCGAACUCCCUUGGAACCCCCACCAGUGGUGGUUGUGGUAAUGGGUCCUCCAAAAGUUGGGAAGAGCACUUUAAUUCAGUGCCUUAUUCGGAAUUUUACAAGACAGAAGCUGACAGAAAUUAGGGGUCCUGUAACAAUUGUGUCAGGUAAAAAACGACGGCUCACCAUUAUUGAAUGUGGAUGUGACAUUAACACAAUGAUCGAUUUGGCUAAAGUGGCUGAUUUGGUUCUGAUGCUUAUUGAUGCCAGCUUUGGGUUUGAAAUGGAAACAUUUGAAUUUCUAAACAUCUGCCAAAUACAUGGAUUCCCUAAAAUCAUGGGUAUCCUCACACACCUUGACACCUUCAAGAAUAACAAGCAGCUAAAGAAGACCAAGAAGAGAUUAAAACACAGAUUUUGGACAGAAGUCUAUCCAGGUGCCAAACUCUUCUACCUCUCUGGGAUGGUCCAUGGUGAAUAUCAAAAUCAGGAAAUUCACAACCUGGGGCGUUUUAUCACAGUUAUGAAGUUUCGGCCUCUCACAUGGCAAACCUCUCAUCCUUAUAUCCUAGCAGACAGGAUGGAAGAUUUGACGAAUCCAGAAGAUAUUCGAAUGAAUAUUAAGUGUGACAGAAAGGUGUCUAUUUAUGGUUAUUUAAGAGGAGCACACCUGAAAAAUAAAAGCCAAAUUCAUGUGCCAGGUGUAGGAGAUUUUAAUGUGAGUGACGUCAGUUUUUUGCCAGACCCUUGUGCUCUUCCAGACCACCAAAAAAAGCGAGGUUUAAAUGAGAAAGAGAAGUUGGUUUAUGCACCACUCUCCGGAGUUGGUGGUGUGUUGUAUGAUAAAGAUGCAGUUUAUGUUGAUCUUGGGGGCAGCCAUGCUUUUCAGGAUGAAGAGGAGGAGUUGAGGCCAACUCAUGAGCUGGUUCAGAGCCUCAUUUCCACACAUUCUACCAUCGAUGCCAAAAUGGCUUCAAGUAAAGUGUCACUUUUCUCAGAUUCCAAACCUUUAGGGUUAGAGGAAGUAGAAAACCAAGGGUUUCUGAUGCCAAAAGAGAAGAGACAAAUAGACCCUGAAACUGGACGAGUUCGCAGGAAAGCAAUCUUUGGGGGUGAGGAAAAUGAGGAUGAAGAUAGUGAUGGUGAUGAUGAUGAUGGUGACGAUGAAGAAAUGCCUGAGGAGAAAACAGUGGGAAAUGAUUCUAGUGAUGAUGAAGCAAGCGAGGAGGAAUCUGAUAAUGAAUUUCCCAAUAAAGAACAGACCAUUAGGAGAAUCAAACGUCCCAAACUAGAGGAGAUGGAAGAAGAUGUCCAGAUGGAUCUGCCUGCUUUUGCUGAUAGUGAUGAUGACCUUGAGAGGAGCGCAGGUGAGGAAGGGGAAUCUGAUGAAGCUGAUGAAAGCAGUCAAGAAGGGGAGUCAUCUGAAGAAGUAGAGAGUGAUGAGGAAAUCUCAGAGUCAAAGGCUGUGAGAGAAGCUGCUGAUAAAGUUGUCCCAGGAAAGUCCCAAAAUAACCAGAGUCUAGAAAAGGCUUUAGUGAUGAAAGCAGCCCUCCCCACUACAGACUCCGGUCACUGUACAGCUGAAGAGGCAUUUGCAUCAGAUGCAGAAUCUGAAGAAGAGGCUUCUCUUGAUUCACUGGAAGAAGGUUCAGGAACAGAACAAGGCUCUAAGAAAAGGCUCCCAAAGCUCCAGCAUUGCAAAGGCGAGGGUGUUCGCCAGGUGGAGUCCGGGGACUUAAAAGAUGAGAGUCUUGAGGUGGAAGAUUUGUUGAAAGAAGAGGAGCAAUAUAAUGAGGAGAUUGACUUUUCCACAGAAACCGCAGGUGCUCUCAAGUGGAAGGAAGAUCUUUCCAGAAAGGCUGCCGAGGCCUUUUUGAGGCAACAACAGGCAACUCCCAACCUUCGAAAACUUAUUUAUGGGACAGUGGCCGAGGAUGAUGAUGACGAAGAAGGUGAUGAGAAUGAAGAGCUUGGAGGCUUGUUCCGUGUCAGCCGACCAGACAGAGAGUCCAAGCGCAAGGCUGACUCUUUGGACUGUUCCAAGUUUCCUGUGGAAUCACCACAAGAUUGGGAUUUAGAGGAGGUGAUGAACAAUAUUCGGGAUUGCUUUGUGACUGGAAAAUGGGAAGCAGAUAAAGAUGCACAGAAACUUUUGGAUGAUGAUGAAGAGCUCUAUGGUGACUUUGAAGACCUAGAGACUGGGGAUGUACACAAGGGAAAAUCUGCUGAGCCAAAGGAGGAGGAGGAGGAGGAGGUUGAAAGUGUAGAGGAGGAAGUUAAGGAGGAGGAAGUGCCCAAGGUAGAGGAAGAUGCGAAGAAAAAGCGUCUGGAGAAAAAGCGGAAAUUGAAAGAAUUAUUUGAUAACGAAUAUGAUGAAGGAGAAACCACCUAUUUUGAUGAUCUCAAAGGGGAAAUGCAGAAACAGGCUCAGCUUAACCGGGCAGAAUUUGAGGAUCAAGAUGACGAGGCCAGAGUUCAGUAUGAAGGCUUCCGACCUGGGAUGUACGUCCGGAUUGAGAUAGAGAAUGUACCCUGCGAGUUUGUGCUUAACUUUGACCCCCACUACCCAAUUAUUCUGGGCGGCCUGGGCAAUAGUGAAGGCAACGUGGGCUACGUACAGAUGCGUCUGAAGAAGCACCGUUGGUAUAAGAAAAUUCUUAAGUCACGGGAUCCUUUAAUUUUCUCUCUUGGAUGGAGGAGGUUUCAGACUAUCCCAUUAUAUCACAUUGAAGACCAUAAUGGGCGACAGAGGCUUCUUAAAUACACCCCACAACAUAUGCAUUGUGGAGCAACCUUUUGGGGUCCUAUCACCCCACAGGGAACUGGGUUUUUGGCAAUUCAGUCUGUCAAUGGCACAAUGACUGAUUUCCGGAUAGCUGCCACAGGAGUUGUUCUGGACUUGGACAAAUCUAUAACAAUUGUGAAGAAAUUAAAGUUAACAGGUUUUCCCUUCAAAAUCUUCAAAAACACUUCAUUUAUUAAGGGAAUGUUCAACUCUGCCCUGGAAGUGGCCAAGUUUGAAGGUGCUGCAAUCCGGACCGUCAGUGGGAUAAGGGGGCAGAUUAAGAAGGCUCUUCGAGCCCCGGAAGGUGCCUUCAGAGCCACCUUUGAGGACAAGUUGUUGAUGAGUGAUAUUGUCUUCAUGCGAACCUGGUAUCCUGUUUCCAUCCCAACCUUCUAUAAUCCAGUAACAUCUUUGUUGAAACCAUUGGGUGAAAAAGAUAGUUGGACUGGAAUGAGGACAACAGGUCAACUUCGUCUUGCGAAUGGCAUCCGUCUGAAGCAAAGCAAGGAUUCUCUGUAUAAGCCAAUAGUGAGGCAGAAGAAGCAUUUUAAUUCACUCCACAUUCCCAAAGCCCUGCAGAAGGCCCUGCCUUUUAAGAGCAAGCCUAAGAACCAGGAGAAGAGUGCCAAGGUGCCAAGGGAUCGGGUGAGGCCAGCUGUUAUCAGAGAGCCUCAUGAAAAAAAGAUCUUCUCCCUGCUUGCUGCUCUGGGCACAGUGCACAGUUACAAGAUGAAGAAGGCCAAGGACAAGCAUCGCCAGCAGCAUAAAGAGCACCUUAAAAUGAAGCAAAAAGAGGAGGAGGAGAAAUUCAAGCGGCAGAAGGAGGCCAGGAAAAAACUCUUCCGAGUUAAGGGCCAGAUAGAGCAAAAGAAUCUAAGGUCAAGCCUGAAGGGGGCUGGGGCGUCAGGGCAGGCAGCCUUCUGAAGGCUCUGGGCAGAGCGUCUGCUGUGUCUUCAAGGACCACUUUUAAAAUAUUGGCAGGCUUGAAGAUAGCAAGCCAAAGAAAGGACUGGCUUUUAAGCCAGACUUCUUGCUUGAACUGCCCACAGACCACAUGUUGGAGAAGAGAGACCUAGAGGAGAUACUGAUAACGUGGUGUGCACUUGGAGCAUUUGGAACACGUACAGAUACAAAUUGAGAUAAUUUAUGCUUUUGUGGAUUUUUUCCUACAACACUUGAGGUAUUGCUGUGUAGUUGGGCUCACAGAACCCACUACAUAAAAUCAUUAAAGUAUUUUCUUGCAAA